AGUUCACAAGUCGAAUUAGUUAAUAACUUAUACCAAAGAGUUUUCGUAAAUUAAGAGAAACCUUAAAAAUAGUACUUAUUUUAGGAAUAGUGAACGCCUAAACUGGUUUUAAAAUAAAUUAAAAAGCCAAAAAUGUUGUUCAAUUUGUGUAAAAAUUCAGUGGGCAUUUGUCGUACUCAAUAUCGCCCACAAGUAUUGGCGGCAGCAAGUGUGACCCUAUUGACUUUUUGUCAUGGCAUUUGCCUUGGCUGGUUUGCGCCCAUGCUAGCGAAGCUCCAAUCGCCGAAUGGAAGUCCACUUGACUUUAAUGCCUCCGUGGAGGAGGGCUCUUGGUUGGGCGCACUUAUUUGUCUCGGCGCUAUUGUCGGCAGCGCAGUUUUCGGUCAACUUCUGGAUAUUAUCGGCCGUAAAGGUUGUAUUUACGGCCUUGCCAUACCGCAUAUUUGCUUUUGGUUACUCACUUACUUCGCGCAAUCCAUUGAAUAUCUCUACGCUGCACGCUUCUGCGCUGGCAUGACUGGUGGUGGUACUUAUGUGGUUAUACCGAUUUUCAUUGGAGAAAUCGUUGAUCCGAUUAUUCGCGGGCGUCUCACCUCGUUGUUUACGCUCGCUCUUAACACGGGCAUGUUGAUUGGCAACAUACUGUCCUCACACGUGCCGUAUCACUUAAUACCGAUGGUGGUGAUAUCGUUGCCACUUCUCUAUUUACUGCUUGAAACAUUCUUCCCCGAAAGCCCAACAUAUCUGCUCCACAAGGAGCAGGAAGAGAACGCGGAAAAGUCUUUUAAAUUCUAUUACAAUUACAAAGCGUUGAAUAAGCAGGAUGUGGCGCAAUUGAAUGUGAAAUUUUCGGACUUGAGAAACUCGGUAAUGGAACAAAAGACGCAAACAGAGGUUGUGACAUGGCGUGAUUUCUUCACCAAACAAGCCAUACGCGCCUUUGGCCUGGGCAUAAUUCUGAUGUUAAUGAAUGUUUUCACUGGCAGUUUCGCAUUACUAAAUUAUAUGUCGAGCAUUUUUGUUGUCAUUCAAACAGACAUAGACCCGAAUACGAACACCAUCAUUAUUGGGGUCGUGCAAAUUAUUGGCACAGUUGCAGCCAUCAAUUUAGUCGAUCGUUACGGUCGCAAAUUUUUGCUAAUAAUUUCGAACGCCUCUAUGGGCAUCUGCUUGGCUGCCUUUGGCAUGUAUGCCUUCUUUGCCGAAGAAACUAGUGUGGAUCUAUCGGCCUAUCGUUCUUGGCUACCACUUCUGAUUAUGACUUUUAUUAUAUUCGCUUGUAAUAUAGGAAUAAUACCCGUUACUUUCGUUGUGCUGGUGGAGAUUUUGCCCGCGAAGAUACGUUCAAAAGCUAUGUCCAUUUGCUUGUCAUUCCUGAGCGUCUGCACCUUUACGUUGCUGAAGGUAUUUCCCUCGUUCAUGCACGCGUUCGGACUAUCAGCGACAAUGUGGGCCUGUGCGACGUUUGCUGCGCUGGCGCUAUUCUUCAUUUCAAUAUUCCUGCCGGAGACUAAGGGGAAAUCCAUGAAUAACGACAAUUUUAAAUAAGAAUCUCUACAUUUUACGUUUUUAUAACAAAAAUAGCUACAGCUACAGCUACAGUAUUGCAAAAGCCAGCGUAAAGAUCCAGUAACUACUUUUAUGUAUGCAUUGUUGGA